UGUACAAUGGAAUAUACAAGCUAGUUGGACGGAUGAUAGCUGUGUGCCUGGUACAUGGUGGUGUGGAGCCACAUGUUUUUUUCAGAAAGACUGUUUUGUCAGGUGUGCAACCUUCAGCCCCCAGUACCAGACCUUCAAGAGAUUGUGGACAACGACUUCAGAGCAAAGAUGACCAAGAUCCAUUCGGCACAGAAUGUAAGUGACGCACAGUGUGCUAUAAUGGAGGCAUCUGACCAAUUAAGUAUGCUGGGGUCUCUAUGGCACAUCCAGACGUUAGAGGACAGAGACAACUUGGUGGAAUCGGCUACCAAGUUUUUCACUGAGAACAGGUUGAGGGAUUCCUUGGAACAAUUUAAAGAGGGCCUGGAGUGUCUUGGGCUUUUGCCUUUGAUGCAAAAGCAUCCUGAGCUCUUCAAAGAGGUAUUUAUGUACGAGGAGAAGCCCCUUUUGGCCGAAGACAUAUCUGCUUUAUUUAAAGCAGAACUUUCUACAGUUGGCAGCAACAGGAGAGUAGUGGAGAGUAGAACGAUCUGUUUCUGGAGGGACUGGCUCAUAGAAGUGGAAGUGCAUUCAGGUAUACUUUAUUUUUAUCUGGGAUGAGGAAACUUAUAUGGGUUUGGAAGAACAUGAGGUACAAAAAACUGUGACAAAACUACUUCACUGGCAUUCUGUAUUCUGUAAAAUGGUGAUUAACUUUUUUUUUAUCAUUUUUACUAGAAGGAACUGCAUACCCCCUCGCUUUAGAAAGGAUUCUUGGAUUCGUGUCGGGAUCCACUGCUAUUCCGAGGCUAGGGUUCCCAGUGGAACCCAAAUUAGAAUUCUUGCACCCUCAAGAGAAUGAGCCCGCCAAAACUUUUCCAGAGGCAAAUACCUGCAGCAUUGUCUUGAGGCUGCCAGUCCAUCAAAGCUAUGAACUCUUUAGAGAAUGCAUGGAAAGUGGCAUUUUGCAAUCCCCCACUUUUGGAGUGAUGUAGAAUUACUGAUGAAAUGGUUUUAAAUGUUUUAAAGGGGUGGUUUACUGCGAUUUCACUUUUUUCAUUUUAAAUAGUGUUGCUGUUGGUGCAUGAACAGUAUCUGCAAAGUUGCUGCGCUGAAAGUUCAACGUAAGCGGAGAUAUCGGCUUUUAUAAAUCAGGAAGUUUAAUGCCUACAAAAACAACUCAUACGGGACUACAACGAGAUACUUCCCGGGUUGCAUACGAAAUAAACCCAUCAACCCCUCCCUCCAGAACAUGCAAAAAAGGGGGCAAGGCCAUGUUCUGCGGCUUUGUCGAAGAGGAAGAGUUAUAGUGGAGAGUUGUAGCCAUGCCGUCGAAACGGUGUUAUUUUCACCCAGCUGUCAGGUCUUCUGUGUUCGGGCUUCCUACGGACGCUGUAGUUCGUCAACAAUGGUUAAAAUUUAUGUUUGAUUAUGUUCCUGACAAUUACAAUCCUAAUUUAGCUCUCUGUGCUGCGCAUUUUACGGAAGACAGCUUCCAGAAUCAAGAGAGUUCAGAGUUCAGUGCCGGAUUCACACAGAAACUAUUACUAAAACAUGGAGCAGUUCCAACUUUAAAACCAGAGGCAGCAGUUGUUGGGCCACAACCUGCAAGUAAGAUUUAAUAAUUUUAAAUGUAUUUGCAUGUAUAAUUUCAGAUGUAAUGUUUUAGUUUUAUCAAGGUCGUAAACAAAUGCCAACGCUGGCUUUAGUAGCCAGUUAGUUAAAUGCUAUUUCGUGUGUCUAUGACAAAAGCGUACAAACAUUUUGGACCCGAAUUUGUAAUUAUGUACUAAUUUUGUAAAUGUAUUUUCCAUGUAUACUUUAUGACGUAAUUUUUCGAUUUGAACGUAAACGCAAGCCAACGCUGUUUGGUUAUAGUAGCCAGUUAGUUUGAUGCUAUUUUGUGUGUAUAAGACAAACGUGUACAAAAUUCAAAAAAUGAUAUGUAAUCACAACAACAAACUUCCAUUCAGAAACGUUUUGUAAGAGCCGUGUUUGCGGAAGUUCUGCUUGACUCUCAUCAUUACCGCUUUCUGGGUCUGAUUCUGGCUCAAACUGAGACGGCAAUAUUGACACCAUUAUUUACAUUUGACCGGAGCACAUUUGACUGUUGCCCUGUGAAGGUAAUGGGCGUGACGUUUCCGGACAAUAUGCAGUACGCAGUUUAGCCAAUCACAACACACCGGCCCAACUAACCAAUCUGAGCCCAUCUGAGCCCUGAGUUUCUGAGGGAGUGGUUUCAGAGAAUCAGGAAGUCAACCGGUCGUUCAAAUGACAGAGGAGAAAGCAGCUUACAAUAAAGGUGAAAUAUAUGAAAAAUAAGGCGUUUUUUUUAAACAAACGAAACACGAAGACAUGUUAUAUUGCACCCCAUAAACACAAUCAAGCAAAGAAAAAAAGCAGUAAACCACCCCUUUAAAUUUUUUAACUUUUGAUUUGAAUUUUCUUCCUGAAACAAAAAACAACUGUGCAAAUUCAGAACCCACCCCAA